AUGGCACUCCCCAAGCCGACUGGACUGGUAAUGCAGAUAAUCAUCCCCAAAGAUCUCAUCACUGUGCACAAUUGGCCUACAGGCCCGCUUAUGGCUCAGUCUGCCCAUGCUGCGACCGCCGUGCUGCACAAGUUCCGUGAUCAUCCUGAUGUAAAGAGGUAUCUGGAGGGGGAAGAUGGCAGAGGGUGGGAAGUCAUGCGCAAGGUGGUUUUGCAAGUGAAAGAUGGAGAUACUCUGAGACAGCUGGCGGCCAAGAUCGAUGCUAUGAAGAACCCCAUCGGGUAUCACCUGUGGACCGAACAGCCGGAGAACAUACCCGCCGCCCUCGCUUUGGUGCCCAACAAGCGUCCGAAGGCACUGAAACAAGUCCUGGACGAGGCUGGAUGCGAGCUGUUCCAGUAA